GGCCACGGGCGGCCAGGGCAAGAGUUCCUGGUGCGCUACUUCUCGCACCAGGAGCUGUCUGGUCAAGGUCGAGGUGGUGCCGAGGUUCAACUUUUGAUGGAGUGGUGCGAUGCUGGAAACUUGCUUGACCGAAUACUGCAUGCUGAGCCAAGCGGAGCUGCGUGCUGCCCGAACAUGGCUGAGGUGGAAACGAAGAGCAUCGUGCGGCAAGCGGCAGCUGGACUUUCGUUCCUGCACGGCCUUGGGAUUGUCCACUACGACCUGAAACCAGAGAAUAUCCUCUUCCAUGGCAGCCACCUUCGCCUUUGCGACUUUGGCUCUGCGAGUGAUCGACAGUGGCCCGAAUUCAGCAAGGAAACGCCACGCCAUGUCGUGCGGGAGGUGGACUUGUUCUUCACACAGCGGACGACGCCCAUGUUUCGGCCACCAGAGUUGGCAGACCCGGACCUUGUUCGCUUUCCAAUCACCAGCAAGGCCGACCUGUUCAUGCUUGGUGUGUCCUUGUUCCAGAUGCUCUUCCGGGUGCAUGCGUUCCCGAUGGAGGGCAAGCUCGCGAACAUUCAUGCAAGGUACACAUAUCCGGCAUCUGCCAGAUCCGUGUAUUCCAAGGAGCAGCUGGCGACACUCGACGCGCUGUUGCAAAGAGAUCCGCGCGAACGGCCGACGGCGCAGGAGCUUUCCUUGACUGGUUUCAUCGAGUCGAGUUCCGAAUGCUGA